GAAGACGCUAGAAGAAGAAAAGGAAAUUGAUCAUGGUCCUGGAAGCAGACGAAACCUCAGUCUAAGAUAAUAUUUUUCAACUGCAUGGCUCGGUGUUACUGCGGGAUCGUCAGGUCUGAUCCGGUACCGGUCCACCCGCCUCAGAGAGGUCUGACUUCGGCUCUUCGUGUGUCUGCGGAACUGAAGGACCAUGUCGACCCACAAAACAAAGAAGGUUAAAAUGGCAACUAAAUCCUGUCCUGAAUGUGACCAACAGAUUCCAGUGGCCUGCAAGUCCUGUCCAUGUGGUUAUGUAUUUAUCAGCAGAAAACUUCUAAAUGCAAAACUCAGUGAAUGUCCUUCACCAGCUAUUACAGACAAACUGGACUUCAAGCGCAGAAGAACAGAGCGAAUUCGCAGAGAGAGAAUUGGCUCUCCUCUAACCAGUGACUCAGAAAACCACAGAAGACCCCGAGCCAACAGUCAGUCAGAUACCAUCCGUAGAGGCCGAGGUCGCCCAAAGACUGUGGGCCUGAAGAAACAGGAAGAAGAGAAGGAAAAACAAGAAAAGGAAGUGGACGUAUAUGCCAGUCUUUCUGAUGAAAAGGCAUUUGUCUUUUCUGUGGCCUUGGCUGAGAUCAACCGCAAGAUCCUGAGUCAGAGACUUAUCCUAUAGAUUAAGACCAAAGAGUAGAUCAGAACAAGACUUGACUUAGGCUUGAGUCACAUUGAAGUGGAUGCUUGACUUGGGAUGAAAAGGGCAAGACUUGACUUAAACUUAUCACAAAGGUUUGACCCUUGACAAUGACUUUAAAAAUGACUUCUGAAAAUCUCUGGACCUUCAUAGUUGCGAAAAUCAUUUUACAGGUCAUAAUGGCUUGUGAAAUAACCAAAGACUCCAGGCCUGGCUGGAGUACAUGCUUCUCUUGCAAAAGGGAUCUUCAAAAAAUAAACAGAGUUAGAUUGUUUUUCUUAUGGACAACAGUAUACAUGUGGUUUAAAUAUGAAUGUUGUAAUGGCUUGGAUUAUUGUUUGUAUGCUAGUAGUAAAGGACCACUAACCUCUCAUUUGCUGAAUUUUAUAUCCAAUUCUAUAUAAAACAUUUUUUGUUGAAAAUCA